CCCCACCACCACGCCCCCAUUCCCUUUCCGUUCCCUCAGAUAGUUAGCUUAGAGAGAGAAACUCUUUCCCUGAGGCGGAAAAGAAAAGAUAGAGAAAUUUUAAAAGGAAGCUUUCUCUUCUAUCUAUCUAUCAGGUCGUGGAACGAUGGGUGCUGGUGGCAGAAUGUCUGUUCCUCCUCCAUCUAAGAAAGUGGAAUCCGAUGACUUGAAGCGAGCUCCCUCCUCAAAGCCGCCAUUCACCCUUGGUCAGAUCAAGAAGGCCAUCCCACCUCAUUGUUUCAAGCGAUCUAUUCCCCGCUCAUUCUCAUAUGUCGUUUAUGAUCUGACCAUUGCCUUUCUCUUCUAUUAUGUUGCCACCAAUUACUUCCACCUCCUUCCUGAACCUCUAUCUUAUGUGGCCUGGCCAAUUUACUGGGCUCUCCAAGGAUGCGUCCUCACUGGUGUUUGGGUUAUAGCACAUGAGUGUGGCCACCAUGCCUUCAGUGACUAUCAAUUGCUUGAUGAUGUAGUUGGUCUUAUCCUACACUCCUGUCUCCUUGUCCCUUAUUUUUCAUGGAAACACAGCCAUCGCCGACAUCAUUCCAACACAGGGUCCCUGGAACGGGAUGAAGUGUUUGUUCCCAAGAAGAAAUCUAGUAUCCGUUGGUAUUCCAAAUACCUCAACAACCCUCCAGGUCGUAUCAUGACAAUUGCCGUCACACUUACACUUGGCUGGCCUCUGUACCUAGCAUUCAAUGUUUCAGGCAGGCCAUAUGAUCGGUUCGCCUGCCACUAUGACCCAUAUGGCCCGAUCUACAAUGAUCGCGAGCGAAUCGAGAUAUUCAUAUCAGAUGCUGGUGUUCUUGCUGUCACUUUUGGUCUCUACCAACUUGCUAUAGCGAAGGGGCUUGCUUGGGUUGUCUGUGUAUAUGGAGUGCCAUUGUUGGUGGUGAAUUCAUUCCUUGUUCUGAUCACAUUUCUGCAGCAUACUCACCCUGCAUUGCCACAUUAUGAUUCGUCGGAGUGGGACUGGCUAAGAGGAGCUCUAGCAACUGUUGACAGAGAUUACGGGAUCUUGAACAAGGUGUUCCAUAACAUAACGGACACUCAUGUAGCUCACCACUUGUUCUCAACAAUGCCGCAUUAUCAUGCAAUGGAGGCUACAAAGGCUAUCAAGCCAAUUUUGGGAGAGUACUACCAAUUCGACGGGACUUCGUUCUAUAAGGCAAUGUGGAGAGAAGCUAAGGAGUGUAUUUAUGUAGAGAAAGAUGACGCAGAACAGAAUGGAGGCGUUUUCUGGUAUAACAACAAAUUUUGAUCCACUCUGGACAUCACCAAAUAUUAUUCGUCUGUGGAAGUUCUGGUGUUAGAAUCUUAGCUUUGCUUUCUUGGUAAUUUAGCCUGUUCAACUGUCUUGUGCUUUCUCUUUGGAAUAAUUUUAUCCAACCUUUUGUAUUGUAGAACUUGUAUUCCUCGGGGAAAAAAGAACUUUUAAUUUUAUUUUCGUAUAAGCCUGUCAUCGUAUUCUUACUUAACUUAUCAUAAAUGCUUGAUUAUGGA